GUGCUGCAUCUAGUGCAGGCUGCUACCGCUGAUAGUGUCAUGUUUUUGCAAUGGAAUCGCUGUCAUCAUCUUCGCCGUGCGCGGCGACGACAGAGACUGGAUGCCGAGCCCGCACUUCAACCACUACUCAUGGUCGUUUGCCUUCGCCGUCACGGGAACCAUGGCAGAGUUUGCCGCCGCUCUCUUCUUUGGAACUCUGGCAAUGAGAAACAACAGAGAACACAAUAUGAGAAGUGAGAGGAUGCAGAGACCCCCGAAUGGCGUGCACCAGGCUCCGCCUGCCCGCGGCCAGUACCCCACAAAGCAGCCGCAGUUGCAACCCCAGCCAACUCGAACCCAGCCACCAGGACCCGGCUACCCCCACACAAUCACAAAGUCUGCUUCGAAGGAGGACACGGUAUAGACGGUCACUGCACGUCGUCACGAUUCAACAGGGGGCUUCAGGAGGGCUGUAGUAGAGGAUGCUGCUGCUAGUGUCACUGUUCGUGGGGGCUGUGUUCGUGUCCAGAUCAACAAUGGCGUAGCAGGGGGCGGCACGUGUAAAUGUGAUACGUCACGAUGACCUAUAUGCUGCACAUAGAAUAGGUGUUGCAUAGGGUCAUCGUCUUUUUUAGAGUAUGCCACACGUACCCCGAUAUUAGACUACCAGUUUCAAGUCCGCAUAAAAGUAGACAGCACAGAGACUUAUUGCUGUGUUUAUACACACGACGCCUAACAGUGCAUGCAUGUGCGUAGCUGUUAGUGAGGAAACUAGCCUAAAACUGGGGGGAAUAGUAAGCAAUAUAAAGUGAAGUAUAGCCCACACAGGUACGUGCCUCUAGCAGAAAACAUUCAGUCGCAUCAGGAUCACAACUGAUUUUGAAACUGUAAAAGUCUCGGAGCAAAACACAUCACAUUCCAGCCAUGGCCGAGGUUUCCCGACCGAAGCCAAUUAAUUCAUUAAUCGUACACAUACUCAUGUGAAUGCAUUUGUACAUACACUGUUGAACAAGUGGGGGAAAAAACAUAGGGAGAUGAGCAUACACGAUGGCUACUUGGUCAGUACUCACCAGGAUGCCCGUGCUUAGCUCCGACAUAUCGACCCACAUUUUUACACGCAUUUAUUGAAUAAUUUUAUACAAGAAAGAAAGAUCUUUUUAUACGUGUAACAUGUGAACGUAAUCGUGUUGUACACGUAGAUGGUUCUAUAAUACUCGUAAUGUACAGAGAGACACAUACUCACAUUUUAGAACUUGUGUUGUGGCUUGAGAGGUGUACGGUAACUGUUGCAAUUUUUAAAUGCCUAUAUAUUGUGCAUUAUUAUAUUUUAUUUGCAUUUUGUCAUUCGUGCAUUUCCUUGAAUGAGGAUUUCUAAAUAGAGUAUGCAAUAUGUGUACAUAUACUAUGAAUGCUUUUCAGUUUGUUUGAACUUGAUCAUUACCAUGAAUGCAGCACACUGCACAGAUAGGUUAAUUACUCUUAAAACAUUUCUUAUUGGUUGGUUAGUUAUUUAACUAGCAGAUGUUUAUUACUGUUACAGCUGUGACAUAUAUGUUGCAAAUAAAAAGCAAACCUUCUCCAAUAAUAUAUGUUAUAUUCUACAAAAACUUUCCCAUGAAAUGCUGAAUAGUGAAAGAGAAAUCUUUUGGGGGAAGCCCGAGGAGGUGCAGCCUAAACAACUUGCUAUCGUUACGAAGUUUACGUAAAAUCAUGGACCGCCCAACACUUGCAAUAAAGCACUAGGAUUCGUUGCUAAUAUAA